UCCCUACCAACUGAGAAACUUCCUUUGUACAAAUCUCUAUCAAUGUUUUUCUAAUUUUACUGAUUUUGAUGAACCCCAAUCUCCGUUUUAAUGGGUGAAACAAGUAAAUUCAUGGAAUGGCAGCUGAUAAAAGCAAGGGAAGAAGCAGAAAUAUGGAGGAAAACAUGUAGAGAAUUAGAAGGCCACUUUUUUGAUCUAAGACAGAUGGAAAACCAAGAGAUUGAGUUAGAUAAACAGCUUUUAUCCACUAUAGGUAUGUUCAAUGAUUUAUAUUUCCAGUUUGAUAAGAAGAAGUUUCAAUGUUUUCAAGUGAAGAAAAUUUUUGAUGAUUUAGUUGCUAAAGAUGGUAAAUUUGUAUAUGAUGCUAGUUUGAGGAAAAGGGUUCAACAUCUUGAAGAACAGGCUAAUUUAUGGUUGAAUCAUGAGCUGAAAAUGAAGUAUUUUGUUGAAGAGUAUAAGGGUAAGUAUGAAACAUUGUUGUUGAAGUUUAAAGAGAAGAAGAUUGAGUGUGAAUUGAUGAAAGAUGAGUGUAAAGGGUUGAAAGAGAAGAUUAAGGGUUUGGAAAAGAGAAACAAGAAGAGUGGGGGUACAGGGGGGAAGGAGAUGAUGGUGAGAUUUGGGUAUUUGGAAGAUGAGUACAGGAAAAUGGAGAUUGAAGAAAGGGGGAAAUGUGUGCAACUUAGUCUGGAAAUUGAGGGUUUGAAGUGUGCUAAGAAGAGGGCUGAUGAAGAAAUUGAAGACUUAAAGAUGCAAGCAACUGCAAUGCUUGCAAUGGUGAAUGCUAAUGUUGAAUUGGGGAAAGAAUUGGAAGAUUAUAAAGCUAAGUACCAUGGUUUGGUUGGGCAGCUUAAUGAGAGGGAUGUGUUAGAGGGUGAAUUGAGAGAGACGAUUAAGAGGCUAGAGGAGGAGAAUAAAAAGAUGGAAAUGGAUCAAACAGUGAAGUGUCUUGAACUCGGCAAGCAGAUUGAAGACUCCAAGUCUGCAAAAAAGAGAACAGAUGAUGAGUUUAGUGUUUUAGAGAGGAAGUGUAUGGAAUUGGAAGUUCAAGCAACUGUGUCGCUGAAUUAUAGGAUUGAAUUGGGGAAAGAAUUGAAAAACCAAAUGUUGAUAGUGGGUCGUCGAGAUAAUGAGCUUGAGGGCUACAAAACUAGAUGUGGUGGAAUGAAAAAACAAAUUUCGGGUCUGAUAGAUGAAGGAAAUGAUAUGUUCGAAAGAGAGAAGAUGGCGCAGGACAGGGUUGCUUACUUGGAGGAGGUAGUUAAGGAAAUGGAAAAUGAUAAAAGAGAGUCUGAGAAGAGGGCUUUGGAAUGUUCGAAAAGGAAAGAAGAAGAAGAUGAGAUGGAGAGUUGGAAGAAGAAGUUAAUGGAGUUGGUGAGACGGAGUUCUAUGGAAGAAGAAAAUUUACCUUUAGAAGGGUCACAAAAUGAAGUUUCUUGUAAGAAAAUCGAUGACAAGAUUAGUGUUGCUAACAUGGUUCACCCUGUUGAACCUAAUAGCAAGCCUUCUUCACCUCAAGGGAAUUUCGAAGAUGUGCGCGUCCCAGACCCACAUUAUAAUGAUAACCACCAGGAGUGUUCAGAAAAUGAUUCAGACAACAAGAAGAAUACAUCAGAUUCAAUGGCAGAAUCUGUCGUUGCAGUUGAACAGCAAAUAGCUUUAGAGUCAGAAGGGAACUUGGGAGAUAGUUUGGUUUUGGUUGAACAAGCUGCUGUAAAUGCUUUACCUAUAGAUGUUAUUGAAAUUGACAGUGAGAAUGAAUUUAUUGAGAUUGUUGAUAGUGAGGAUGAAAAGGAAAUAACCACGACACAUCCUUGUACUGUUGAAGGUAAAGAACUACCACUUGUGUCAACUGAUGAAACUUUCAAUGCAUCUGAGAAGUGUGUAAAGAGGCCAUUGUCACUUCAAAGAGAUGAGGAAUGUGAAGAAAGCUCUGACAAAGCCAUACCAACCCCAUGGUCCCAAAUAUGUUCAACUUCAAAAAGAUUUAGGGGUUCUGAAACCGCAGUCAGCCAAACGGUCAGACAAAAAGAUGAUUAGAAUCUGUUAAGGAUCGAGCAAGAGAGAGGAGAGCAUAAACGCGGAAGCGUAAAAGACUACAUUGAUAAUAAUUCGGUGUUUAUUUCUCAUUAAUUCUCUAGCUAUUUAUACAAUC